UCGGGAUCGGGAGCCGGGGAAGGGACUUUUACUGAUCUGGGGGCGCUGGUGGUGGGCUGAGUGGAAAAACACUUGCGGAGCAUGACGGGGCAUUGACAGAACUGUAUCAGAACUUACCAGGAUGGCUGUGACCUAAAAUCCUCAAGAAGCCCCGGGGAAAUGGCCCAGAAGCACCCCGGAGAAAGAAGGUUGUGUGGAGCCCACCACGGUGGUGGUGCCUCCCUCAGGACUUCAGGACCCUCGGUGAACCCUGAAAUACUUUCUUUCUCAGAACUCAGGGACUCAGCAGGGACUGUGCCUAAUGGUACCCGCUGCCUCACGGAGCACUCUGGUCCUAAGUACACACAGCUCCCAAACCCAGCUCACUGGUCGGAUCCAAGCCAUGGCCCCCCAAGGGGUCCAGGACCACCUAGAGAAGAAGACCCUGGUCAGAGUGAGGCAUCUUCAGAAGAAGAGUCAGGAGUGGACCAGGAACUCUGCAGAGAGAGUGAGGCUGGGUACCAGGAGGAUGGGAACCCUUCAUUUCUUUCCAUUCCAUCUGCUUGCAACUGCCAGAGAACCCUUCAGAUCCCCGAAGGGCCUUACUCUGAGGGAGGAGAUGGUUCUUCCAGCAACUUUUGCCACCAUUGUACCUCUCCAGCCUCGGGGGAAGAUGAAGAGUUGGAAGAAGAAUAUGAUGAUGAAGAACCUCUUAAAUUCCCCAGUGAUUUUUCACGUGUGUCCAGUGGGAAAAAAAACCCAUCUCGGAGGCAGCGGCACCGUUUUACAACCAAGGAGGAAACUCGGGAGGUUGGACGUAAAGAUCCCAGGUCCCCUGGUCGAAAUCGGCAGGGCCGAAAACGAAGUCAGACCGAUAGGCGCAGAGGCCUGGGAUUAUGGGGGGCAGAAGAACUAUGUCAGCUUGGACAGGCGGGCUUCUGGUGGCUAAUCGAACUUCUGGUAUUGGUGGGAGAGUAUGUGGAAACUUGUGGCCAUCUCAUCUAUGCAUGCAGGCAGCUGAAAGGGAGUGAUCUUGACCUUUUCCGAGUUUGGGUGGGAGUCUGGGCAGGGAGGCUUGGGAGCUGGACCCAGGUGGCAUACCAGUUUCUAAGCCAAGGCUUUUACUGUGGGGCAGGACUGUUCACCCGUUUUCUUAGACUACUGGGUGCUUUGCUACUCCUGGCUCUGGCUCUCUUUUUGGGCUGUCUGCAGCUGGGCUGGCGGUUUCUAGUGGGGCUAGGUGACUGGUUAGGCUGGAGAGAUAAGGCCACCUGGCUUUUCUCUUGGCUAGAUUCUCCAGCUUUUCAGCGUUGCUUUAGUCUUCUGAGAGAUAGCAAGCUGUGGCAGCAGCUAGUAAGAUUAGUUCAGUGGGGUUGGCUGGAGUUGCCUUGGGUCAAGCAGAGGACUAAUAGGCAUGGGAAUGCACCUAUAACUAGUGGGCGCUACUGUCAGCCAGAAGAGGAAGUGACUCGACUCUUGACCAUGGCUGGGGUUCCUGAGGAUGAACUAAACCCAUUCCAUGUGCUGGGGGUUGAAGCCACUGCGUCAGAUAUUGAACUGAAGAAGGCCUAUAGGCAACUGGCAGUGAUGGUUCAUCCUGAUAAAAAUCAUCAUCCUCGGGCUGAAGAGGCCUUCAAGGUUUUGCGGGCAGCUUGGGACAUUGUCAGCAAUCCUGAAAGGCGGAAAGAAUAUGAAAUGAAACGAAUGGCAGAGAAUGAGCUGAGCCGUUCAGUGAAUGAAUUCCUAUCCAAGCUGCAAGAUGACCUUAAAGAGGCAAUGAAUACUAUGAUGUGUAGCCGAUGCCAAGGAAAGCAUAGGAGAUUUGAAAUGGACCGGGAACCUAAGAGUGCUAGAUACUGUGCUGAGUGCAAUAGACUGCAUCCUGCUGAGGAAGGAGACUUUUGGGCAGAGUCAAGCAUGUUGGGCCUCAAAAUCACCUACUUUGCACUGAUGGAUGGAAAGGUCUAUGACAUUACAGAGUGGGCUGGAUGCCAGCGUGUGGGAAUCUCCCCAGAUACCCACAGAGUUCCCUAUCAUAUCUCAUUUGGUUCUCGAAUGCCAGGCACCAGUGGUCGGCAGAGAGCCACCCCAGAUACCCCUCCUGCUGACCUCCAGGAUUUCUUGAGCCGGAUUUUUCAAGUACCCCCAGGCCAGAUGUCCAAUGGGAACUUCUUUGCAGCUCCUCAGCCUGGCCCUGGGGCCACUGCAGCUUCCAAGCCUAACAGCACAGUACCCAAGGGAGAAGCCAAACCGAAGCGGCGGAAGAAAGUGAGGCGGCCCUUCCAACGUUAACACCCCUUCUCUUCUUUCCUCAAAUCAAUGUCAGGGAGUCAAAAGGGCUGUGUACAGCGCAGGAUGAAGUUUGAUUUGUUUUAUUUUUAACUAUUUCAAAAAGGGAAACUUUUAAGCCUAAAUUGUUCACCUCAGUCAGUACUUGUAGGAAGCCCCUGAACCACUUUCCUCCUCCCCAACACCCAGGAACUGAAUCUUGUCUUUUGACAAUACCAAAGAAAUGGGGUAGCUAGAGCAAAGAAUCUAGGUCCUAGACCUAGGCUAGACAGUAUAUCCCUUUAAGGUGUGAGAACUGGGUAUUUUCCUGAGGUCAGUAAACCAUUGUCUUACUUGCUUUUAGGGCAAAUGAUGCCCCCUUUUAAACGGAGUGUACUUUAUUUUAGGGGGAAACCUCCUCUUUUACCCUGAUAUAUUAGUCAAAAAGAAUGAGAAAGCAUGUCGCCCUAAUUGUGAAGAGGUAUAGAGUUCAAAGAGUGGAAAUGGAAUUUUUCCUGACUUUUCACCUUGUGGGCAGAUUAUCCCACUUCUGGCUUGUUGCUGCAAGGAUGGCCAAAAUUAAUAAUUUUUAAAAAGUAGACUCAUGCCCUCUACCCUUGGGUGAGGGGGAAGGAUAAAGGGAUUUUGCAGAAGCCCCAAUGUGAUCCAAGGGUUUGUAUUUUUUUAAGUUUGUUCAUAUUUGUAUGUACAUAUCUAUUUAAAGCCAGGGGAUUAUCUUUCUAUAAAUAUAUAACUGGCAACC